AUGCCCUCCUCACAAGUUCAUCACCAUUCCCUAGGGAUCGAGCGUCUACUGAGCCCCGUCAAGGAUGGAUCACAAGGUCAAAUUGCUUUUGGCUAUGGAGAAAAUGCGAAAGGACCCUUGCCCGAGCCGGACAACCAACAAUGUGAAGACCAUUCGCAAUGUCUUCCCAACCCUUCUAACUCCAUCGCACCCCUACUACAGUUACCGGAUGAGGUUCUGCUCGCUAUAAUGGCAUUUAUGCCAUAUAGCUCCUUGUACAUGCUCCGUCAGACAUGCCACGCCUUUCGCAAUAUGGUGGAUGAUCACGCCUUCGAAGAUUUCCGGUCAGAAAUCUUGCCAAACCAGCGCCGAAGCUCCUGCAUAACACAAGACGGGUUCAGUGAGCUCAGACUCAUUAAGAAUGUGCUGAAGCGCCGAACUCUGUGCCACAGUUGUGGUCAGAUGGCGGAUUCAGGCGAGCUAGAUCGGAGACUAGCGGAAUAUUGGGAGAACGAGUUCUGCCAAGGUUGCUCGACACUUCACCCUCGACUCUUCUUCUCAUCCGAUAUACGGGAUAGAUCAUGCUUGGGACAACUCGGUGUCUUACAGAUGUGUGGUACUCACAAGAUAUCGGGAAAAGUUCUCAUGUCCUGGGAUGAUCACCCCUCUCGUCGUCCAUCCAGACACCAAGGGUCUACUGCUAUUUCAGGCCAUGGGAGGUGGGUUCCAGCUCUUUACCUCAAUAAGUACUAUGAUUUCACCAGGGCUGAAGGGCACUGCAGCUCUCUCUUGGUAACACUACGCAACUUUCGCCACACAAGCAUUUUUUCCUUGGGAAAAAAGCUCAGAAAUGUACUUCCGAAUCCAAAUUACGGCUGCAAGCAUUUGCCGAGUCUGAUCGAGUCUGUACUGCCAAGUGGGACACCGAACAACUGCAAAUGCUUCCCCCCGGAUGGAAUCUCAGCGCCUGGGUUGGCUCACAUAUUCGACAUGCGGUCAACGGCAAAACGCCAGGCCAUGCUUUGCAGAAAACAUGUGUUUGCCUGCGAAAUGUGUAGACUAAACUACACAUUGUUACGCGAUGGAAAGGACGUGUUACUGGAGGUUGACCUCCUACCAUUCCUCAUAAGUCCAAUUAGCCCUGGCUGGCUUUCACGAUUGAGUUUUUUGAACGGCAAAAACCCCAUUCUCGACGAAAGUACAGAAGGCAUACUGUGGUGUAGAAAUCCAUCUUGCGGCACAAGUUCCGGCUCACGAUGGUUGAGGAUGCUAGACGUUUGUAUGAGGUCGCCUCCUCGGGCGUUUCGCCGCAUGGAGGCUGAAUUUCAGAGGCGAGAUGGGCUUACGAAAGCCGAGAUUCAACUAUCACUCGAGUUGCAAUCCUACGAGCGUCAUGUCUCCAAUCAAAAGUGA